CCUUGUUUUUCAUCCAAUCGCUGGGCAAGGAAGCUAGCCAACAAGGACGGACAUAAGCACAAUAUUUACUUGGUCAUUCGGGUGGUUUGAUAUUUCGCUAGGAAGCCAAGAUGGGCUUCGAAACUUGUGGUCCGAAUGAAGUAAUGGUUGUAUCAGGAUGCUGCCAUGGUCAGUCUGUGUUUAUACCAGGAGGCCGUUGUUUCGUCUGGCCUGGCAUCCAGAGAUUACAAAGGCUUUCACUCAAUACCAUGACCUUGGUCAUAGAAAGUCCACAGGUGUACACAAAGUUAGGUGUGGCUAUUGCAAUCACAGGUAUUGCCCAGGUAAAAGUUCAAGGUUCAAACCAGGAAAUGCUUCAGUCAGCAUGUGAGCUCUUCCUUGGGAAGUCAGUAAGAGAGAUUUGUACUGUUGCCCAGGAAACGCUGGAAGGUCAUCAGAGGGCCAUUAUGGGCAACAUGACAGUUGAGGAAAUCUACAGAGACCGGAAGAAGUUUUCGAAAGCUGUCUUUGAGGUUGCAUCGUCUGACCUGGUUAACAUGGGUAUCUGUGUUGUCAGUUACACACUGAAGGACAUCCGGGAUGAGGAGGGUUAUUUAAAGGCUUUAGGCAUGAAACGAACAGCUGAGGUGAAACGAGAUGCCCGGAUUGGUGAGGCUGAGGCUCAGAGAGAUUCUGGAAUCAAGGAAGCCUAUGCUGAGCAGAAGCGGAUGGAGUCUCGGUAUGCCAACGAUAUUGAGAUCGCCAAGUCUCAAAGAGAUUUCCAGCUUAAGAAAGCUUAUUACGACCUGGAAGUCCAAACCAAGAAGGCUCAGGCUGAUUUGGCAUAUAGUCUUCAGGCCGCCAAGACGAAGCAGCGUAUCCGUGAAGAACAGAUGCAGGUGACGGUGGUUGAGCGCGCCCAGCAGAUCAUGGUACAGGACCAGGAAAUCACCCGCCGAGAACGAGAACUCGAAGCCCAAGUGCGCAAACCAGCAGAGGCUGAGAAAUACCGAAUGGAGAAAAUUGCCGAGGCAAACAGAAUGCGUAUUGUUAUGGAAGCAGAAGCUGAAGCAGAAUCAGUCCGCAUGAAGGGUGAAGCUGAGGCUUUUGCUAUUGAAGCUAAAGCCCGAGCAGAAGCUGAACAGAUGGCGAAGAAAGCUGAUGCUUGGAAGGAUUACCAGGAUGCUGCCAUGGUUGACAUGGUACUUGAGACUCUACCAAAGGUUGCAGCAGAAAUUUCUGCUCCUUUGACAAAAUGCAGGAAAGUUACAAUGGUAUCCAGUGGUAAGGGUGAUGUGGGUGCGCUUAAACUGACCAACGAGGUGAUGAAUAUUAUGGAGAAACUGCCUAUGGUUGUUGAAAAUCUUACUGGAAUCAACAUUUCCAGAUCCAUGAAAUUGACCCACAGGAAGGCAUAAGACAACCAGACCAGCACCAACUUCAUCCAUUUGCAAAGAACUUUGUCAUAAUCACCAUCUUUGAAUAUUUGCCUUUUAGACGGUCUUGACAUUUCUGACAUUUUGUUUGUUGUAGUUCUCACUGUUACUCUCUUAUCUUUGAUGUUAGCAAUGUGUAGUACAUCAUAAUUGUAAAUAUCAAUGUUUUUUAACAUAAUUUGAUCUUUUUAUAAUGAUUGUCAUCUAAUCACUGUUUGGCCAGUUAUUGGUCUGCUCAUUGAUAUAUUUACAGAAAUAUUCAUGAUGGUGUAUGUAACAAAUAUUAAAUGAUUUAGUUAUAAUAUUCCAAAUGAAUUUUCAUUUGUCACAGACUUUAGCAAUGACAAAUUAAAAUGAUUAUGACUUUCAGUUUUAUAAUCUUAAAAGGCUUAUUCAUUCAGUUUUAAUGUUUGAUACUUUCAAUAAAGAAGUCAGCAAAGAUAUGCAUGCUUUACAAAUGAUAUUUUAACAGUUCCACUGCAGCAUUUUAGCACUGAAAAUAAAACUGAAAAAAAAGAGAAACUCUUUGACAUCAUGCUUUUUCGUAGAUCAUGGUGUAGUGUUGUCACAAUUCGUACCGACAAGAUUAAGAGUUAACUAACCAUUGUAACCACCUAAUCCAGUGACAGAACACCUGUGGGUAAAAAAUGCACUUGUAUUAUUGUUUAUAACCAUGUAUAUUAUGUUUGUAUAUUCUUGUCAUUAUGUUACUUCAUUUAUUCAGUUGUAAAUCCAUCAUAUGAAUUGUUUGUGUAUACUGUAUAUGUUGUGUUUUUAUUCCUUGUGUGGGAGUGUGGAGAACAGGUGUUGGCACACCUUUCAUUCCUCUCGUAAAACAGGCAUGCAGGAAGGAUAUUUGAAUAAAGUAUGGAAGAUCUAGGUUUUAUGAAAGAAAAAAGAAAGGAAAAUAAUUAAUACAAAGCGUAUUUGCAAAUUGUGUGAAAACAGCAGUUUUGAACUUUUGGUGGUUUAAAAUACAAUUUCUUUGCAUUUAAUCCACAAAAUUAACCUUCUUUGUAGAAGUAGGCCUAUGUUUGGUGUACCGAGUACUCCACCCCCAUAACAUGUACACAUUGGAGAUUCCUUUAGCCAUGUUAAAAGUUAAUGUUAUCUUGAUGACAGUUCUAAUUAAUUAAACAUUAUUGCAGUAUUAACAGCUCAAUAUGUAGUGUACUUGCUCAGUUGUAUCAUAUAUUGUCGAGUAUUGUUUAACAAAAAGGCAUGUUCGGUUGUGAAAAGAUACGCCUACAGGAGAGGCAAGGGGUAUAAAACAAGUUUGUUUACAUUGUUGAAUGGCAGACCCUAAUUGAUUUUAGGUACAACUUUUUCUGGCAUAUUUUCCAUUUUUAUACUGUGGGUAUUGAGAGUUUUAAUAAUCCUGUUGAGGGGGAAUAAGUUUGAACAUUUGAUAUGAAAAAAGAAUGUCAUGCCAGUAAUUGCAGUAGAAUCCUGCACUAAAGGAAAAUGGUAAGACUGACUGACAGCCGAACACAUUAAUUAAUAAACAGAGCCAUAAUCACAGUUGCCACAUGCUGGACACCUGUUGGUGUGAUGCAUUUUGGUCAUCGACUCAGCUGUCCCCCUUUACUUUUCAAGACAAUAAUUUGUAAAGUAACUUUUAACAAAGUAUUUAACUUGGUCCAGAAAAACUUGAAAACAGUGGAGGUCUCAUUAUUUUGGGGGGUUGGGGGUGGGGGAAGACUCCUGAAGUUUUAUAUUACAGACUAAAUUAUAGCUUCCAUAUUAAAUAUUUAAAAACAAAUUAAUUGAGAUCUUUCACGUCAUAUUUCAAAUCAAUAAUAUACAAACUUACUGUCGUCAACAUCUAGAUUCAUCCCAGACACCAUGAUUACAUACUUUAAUACUAGUCAGUAGACGUUUUUUUAUUACAGUUUUAAAGAAACUCAAAUUUAAUUAUUUACAAUGAUUUGUGCUUUGGCACAAUUGUUUUUCCACACUUGUUAGUUUUUUCAUAGUGUUAUGUAUGUUACACUUGCUCUUUACUUUGUUAAUAUUCUUCACUUUUUUUUUAAUCAGGAAUGGCUUUGUUUGUGAUUGUUUUCACACAGGCAGCACACAUUGAUUUAUUUGAAUUCACAGAACAGCCAAAUGAAUUAAUACAAAGUAAUGAUUAAAGGCACUGACCCUAGUGUCAAACUAUUUAGACUGAUGUAGCCUACCUCUGAAAGUCUGCUUUGUUCAUUUAAGGAAUACAAGGAAAAUUCUUUUUAACAAAAAUUGCUGUAAGUCACCAAUGAUCUGCAUACAUUUGAGGGCUUUAAAAAAAAUAUUGAUUAAAAAAAACCCCACGUCACUCGGUUAUAAUUGUAGAAUUUUAACACCUUUUUUCAUUUGAGAAGAAACGAGAUGAUCAGGUUAAUACCGUCUGUGACUUGGGCUUUAUUGUCUCUGCAAUGAAUUAUUAAUAGCAUACUGGAAUAGUACGUUAAUUGUUCAGUGAGACGAGAUUUAGAUGAGCUUUAAAGAUUGGAACAUGGCGACUAAGGCCUGAGCUUGGAUGCUGAAUGAAAUGGACAUUGUGACAUGCGAGAUUUAUUCAUUUACACUCAAUGCAAAAUAUGACCGAGAGAAAUUUUAAAAACCCAUCUUUAUGAAACAGAAAUUAAAAAAACAAAAAAACAACUAAAAUCAUCUUUAACCACAUUUUAGCUAUACCAUGUAUAGUACAAGUGAAAUGGAAUUCAAGUGGUAGAUUGUCUAGAAUCAUGAUCAUGUUCGAUUUUACAUUUGUAUUUCUGGCAUAUUUAACUAAAAGUUCAAUACAUGUAUAUGUGUACCAUGUAAAUUCGUAUAUCUGUCUAGGCAUCUUAAUGUGUAAUUUUGUAUUACAGUGAUAUUAUUUCAAACUUUGUACCAUUUUUGUAUCCUUUCCUUUUACAGAAAUAAAAAUCUGUUGUGAAUCAA